ACUGUGAAUAGCGAACAGAACGGUGCCGUCACGAGACAAAAGGCGACGCAGUGAGAUUUUUAAUGUAGAAACACCUUUUCUUAUGAUAAUACUUAGUGAGAAUGUGUCGUAAAGUGUACUAUCUGCACAACUAUAAAUUUGGAUUACUCUACUUCCUACAAUUAAUUGUUUUGGCCAGUGCAGAACUCUUAAUUAAUGUACAAAAUCAGGGAGGCGAAGUGGUGCAAGAGACAAUAACUUCAAAUGUCAGUGAUGAUGUUAUUACGUUGGAGUUUCAGAGGACGGACGGAACUCUUAUCACAGAAUUGAUUGACUUUCGGAACGAGGUGCACGUCCUCAAGGCACUCGUUCUGGGUGAGGAGGAGCGGGGACAGAGUCAGUAUCAAGUGAUGUGCUUCGUGACGAAAUUCCAGAAGGGCGAUUUCAUCUCUUCGGAUGCAAUGGCGAAAUUAAGACAGAAAAAUCCCAGUACAAUUCGAGUCCCCGAGGAAGAUCGAGGGAAGGAGAACUUCACAAUGACGGCCUGGGUACUUCUGGAACGGUCAUCUUCUAUAUCCAGGCAUAUAGCCUCUCUGUGUGCCGAGGCGUCGGACUCAACGUAUGCGAGAGAUUUGGAUUUGAGAGCGUGGGCAGAGUUGCCAGGCUCUUCGAUAUCCAAUCUGGAAUCAGCACUGCGUCAAUUUCCACCCACAAAGCCGUCGCGAUGCAGUGAGGUUUCGGGCGUGUGGGCUCCGUGCACGUGCUUCCUGGAGAUGUGCAUUGGCUGGUAUCCUUGUGGCCUGAAGUACUGCAAAGGUAAGGCUGAGGAUGGUGCUGUGGCGUCGGGCUCCGCCAGUUAUCGGUGCGGCAUCAAGACGUGUCGCAAGUGCAAUCAAUACUCAUAUUACGUGCGACAGAAGCAACAGUGUCUCUGGGAUGAAUGACCAAUGUUUAGUUUUAAUUUCCAUUCGUCCUUUUUUCACACGCCACGGACAAAUGUGAACUUUCAUUUGUAUUCCACUGACAACGUUCCCUUCUGUGAGAAUGACAUUUUUGUCAACAAAUGUUUUAAAUAAUUCAUAUCAGCUACAAUUGAGAAGGACAAGCCUGAGGAGAGACGCAGAGAUUCCCUUUUUUCCCUAACACACACACACACACAUACACAACAUACGAGAUAAAGAAAAGAGCAGGAGAUUAAUUUCAUUAACCUCGGUGAGACGGGCAAAUUCUGCAUGGCAUUACAUGCAAAAUAUUGUGUUUGCAGAGGAGAGAAAAUGUUCAACGUUGAGCUGUAAAUUGGAUGAACACGUGAGUUUUUAAUGAAACUGUAAAGAGACUCGUUCAUUCACGAUACAAAAUUCUGUGGCAUGUUGUAUGUGCUCAGCAAAAACUGGGCACGAAGAGAGGAGAGAAUGGCCCCAAAACCUGCCCACGCGAAGUUGGUGAGGGUGAAAUGUUGUAAAUAGUGAAACCGAACAGAGGAGAGAUGAGUGAAAAAAAUUGUAAUGUAAAAGUUAAAAAACAUAUAUUUUCUAACUAAAAGAAUCACACGAGAGUUGAAAUUUUACUUUGAACAAAAAAAACCUCCAAAUUAAUCAACUAUUCUUUUAUUAGAACAUAUAGAAGAGGUCUGCAUGCGAAUAGCGAGAGCGAAUAUGAUGAGAAUCAUUAUUGAAAAAAAAACAUGAAUUUAAUAAUAGCUUCUAUAUGCAAAUUUUCUGACUGAGAGACUGGCUGAACGAAUGCGUCGUGUGGAUUAUUUGUGCUUGUGUAGCAUUUUAUUAACAACCGCUUUUUUCCCGCUGAUCAUUCUGGGAAAAGGCUUCUUUUAUUCUGUGCCAUAGAUUUUUUUUUCUGCCCAUUCAUGGACUUUUUUUUUGUAAUUUCUGCAAAAUGCUAUACUUUUUCCUGUUCAUAACAUCAUAGUGGUGAACAGAGGCUGACAAGUGCAACAGGAAGAGGGUUGAAUUUGCGAAAGCUCGCUUGUUCCAUGCUAUGUUUUAAUGUUUCGAUUGGUGUCACAGGUGCAAAAUACUAGGAGAAAUUUGACCAUUAUAAUUAUAAUUUGUGUCCAUCAACUGGAAUCAAUUGAUUCAAUUGAACAGAGGUUGAAAUAUCAGGCACGGAUGAGUUUUUCUCUGUCAUUCGAAUGAUAAAUAGCAAAUUUAGGGGAGUGGAUUAAUUUGGUAACACGCACGCCCCAAAUAAUGGCAGUGUGGACAAUUUUCGAUUGAUAAUAUGGGUUGACAACAAGAGCUGGAUCAAGUAACUUUUCACUUCACACGUCUGUCACUCUCAGUGAAUUUACAUAGUUAAUUUAGGCAAAAUAUGCGUUCAAUCUUAGCUUGAUUCAAAGGUUGUUUUUAUUUUAGAAAAUUGGCAUAAAACAUUUCUGAGUUGAAUUACUCGCCCUUGUUCAUUGGUUAGUCAAAAUCAGUGGAUUUUAUUGUAUUAAUACUGGGUGAGUAACAACACAAAUUACACUUCAUGUGCAAACUGCCAUCGAUUGUGGCUUGUAAGCUUAUGAUAUGGCAUUUCCGACAUUUAUUCCAUUACGGGAAUAUUACACAGACAUUCCCGUAAUGACAGCCAAUUGGAAAUGUGUGUUUUUGCUCUCUCCACACAACAGAGAAGCAAUUUCUGUAGCCAUUGAUUUGUCGACAUAUAUCCAUAUCUUCUAUAUAGCAAUAUCCAUCCCACCCUCGCAAUUUGGGGACUCUUUGAAAGCUGAGGCGGGGAUUUUCCGCGGGGGAAAUUCCUCUGGAGGUGUGGAAGAGAAGCUGAUAAAGAGGAAAGUUUUCGGGUGAGACUUUUUCUUCCUAGGAAGUGCUAUUAGCUGGGUAUAUGUUUGUGAAAUUGAAGAAAUAUUCGCUCAUACCUUUCUCAAUUUUCAAACGCGAUAUUUCCCUGAGUGCGGGAAAAAAGUUUCGCAGUGGAAUUUUUCUGCGUGGUCCAAGAAUGGGAGGGAGGAAGGAAUCCCUCUCUUAGAGGGUCUAAGUCGGGGAACAAUGAAUGGGAAGAAUUUCACGGGAAAUAUUUCAACAUCGACUUUAUUGAUUGAUGGUACUGAUAAAAUUUGAAGAGAGUGAGAGAAGAAAACGUUUAGUGUUCCGAAAAGAAAAUUCAAUGAUUGAUGGCGAAAAUGCUGUGUAAAGUAUUGAACUCUGGGGAUACUUUUCAUCGCUUUCCUUCUCGACUCCUCCAUUUGUAAUUGAUUUCCCGUUCUUUCGAAUGGAAUCUGUGCUGCACUAUUUCACUCUGGGUAGAUUGUAUUUCGAUUGCCCGAGAGAUAAAGUCUCCAUCGAGACGUUAUCGGUGGCGAAAGAGGAGAAAAUAAUGCUGUGGGAUGUACUGAAAGUUUGAUCAAAUACAAAUAUGAUGAUGUCAGAGAUUAUUGAUAUUCCCAACUAAUACACGCUUCAGUAAAUUAUGAUUCCCAUUAUCCGAGCCAAGGGAGUGAGCGUGUGAAGUUGUGGCGUGAAUUGCCUGGUCAGCAGACCCUUAAACCGCCUCAAGUGGGAGUACAAAAUGUCUAUAUUUGUUGAAGCCACUGCCAAUAUGGGCAGGCAGUCGAUAAUUCAACUCGGGGGGCAGGAAACUUGCCGAAAAAAAGUGGCAACUAAUGGAAAAUUAAAAUAGCUUUUCCACGGUCAAAUUAUCUCCAUUUAAAUUGCAAUUUGAUGUUCCAAAUCAAUGAGAAAUUAACGAAAUUAUUGCAUUUUGAGAAUAACUCACCCCUUAAAUUCAACCCUCUUCAGUGAAUCAAUACAAAAUACAUCUACCAACAUAGACACUCCUUUGUGAGUCUGUUUAAUUUACACUCUAUCGAUCAAAUCAGGAGACUUACUCGCCAUCUCCGAAAGGACAGCCUCUUGAGCUCCAAUAAAGCUCGCAAAUGAGAAGGACAUUGAGGCGAAUGGCAUGAGAGUGUGGGUGAUUGUUUUCUUUUACUGUGUCUUCAUUUCUUUUCUCCCUUUUGCUUUAUGCGUAAAUGAGAAUCUGAUUAUGUGGCCUUAGCUUUUCUCUUAAAAACUGACACAAGUGUGUAAGACAAAAAGAAAAAAAAAUAAGAAUAAAUCGAAAGAAAGGAAAGUAUGCGAUGAAAGGAAGAUCUAACAAUAAAGAAUCUCUAUUAUUACAAUUUAUUUAGGAAAAAGUGUGAAAAGAAGAGUGACAAAUGGAAUUUGUAGAAAAAUAUUGCAAUGUGAAAGUAAUCCGUUUAGCUUUUCAAUUUCUCGCAGGUUUUGACAUGAAAGGCAAGAAAUAUGUUUUCUCGGAUAAUAUUUCUCUUCCCUUUUUCCAUUCACCAUCAAAUCCACACACAAACACCACUGAAACAGUGAUACAACUUCUUCUAAAGAACACAACAGAACAAGAAAAUAAAGUAAUUGUGUAUUAAAUGUCUCACGGAGAAAAUUAGUCAAUAGAAUGCAUUUCAUAAGUUUUGCUUCUGGUCCAGAUAAAGUGUGAGAUGGUGAAGCAAAAUAUCUUUACUGUGACAUCGAAAAAAAAUGCUUUGUUUAAUCUCUUCUCGUUUUUGACGCUAUGUAAAUGUGAAAGGAAAGCGAAAAAUAACAAAAGGAAAAAAACUACAGAUGAUUUAAUAAAUUUUGUAUUGAGAAACAAAAUGAUAGAGAAAAUCAAUAAAAUUUUUGAUUCUUUUCAUAAAAUAUCGUUUUUUAA